UUCUUUUCCUCAAUCGACGCUAAUAGUCAUUCUAGCGCUAUAUUCUUUAUCUCCAGCAGGCACAAACACUUCCUGAAGCACAUCGGUCGCAUUAAGCCUGCUCUGUCCUAGAGCUUUUAAUAGAUAAUCAUUUCUAACUGCGUUUGAAUGGGAAAUGGUGCCUGUGUUUGUGUCCUCUCCGCAGCGGGGUGAACUGACCUCUAAUGACCUCUGGUGACCUGAGCUGACCCUCAAACCUGUUCGUCAAAAUAGUCAAUCUGCCCCGAAGAGUCAUGGACAACAAGAAGGCGGAGCACAGAGUCAAUGCGAAGAAAUGCUCAUGGGCGUCAUACAUGACCAACUCCCCUACCGUCAUCGUAUUGAUCGGCCUUCCUGCCCGAGGAAAGACGUACAUAUCCAAGAAGCUGACGCGAUACCUCAACUGGAUCGGGGUUCCCACGAAAGUUUUUAACCUGGGUGUUUAUAGACGUGAGAUGGUACAGUCGUACAAGUCUUUCGACUUCUUCCGUCAUGACAAUGAAGAGGCCAUGAAAAUCAGAAAACAGUGUGCCAUCGUGGCUCUACAGGAUGUGAAAUCUUAUCUGAAUGAGGAGGGAGGGCAGAUCGCUGUUUUUGAUGCCACAAACACGACCAGAGAGAGAAGGAGCCUCAUCCUGAGCUUUGCGGAGGAAAACGAAUAUAAGGUGUUUUUCGUGGAGUCACUUUGUGACGACCCAGAAGUCAUUGCUGCUAACAUACUGGAUGUGAAGGUGUCCAGCCCUGAUUAUCCUGAGAGAGGCCGAGAGAGUGUGAUGGAGGACUUCCUGAAGAGAAUCGAGUGUUAUAAAGUCACGUAUCAGCCGCUAGACCCCGAUGACCACGACAAGGAUCUGUCCUUCAUCCAGCUGAUCAACGUCGGCCAGCGGUUCCUGGUGAACCACGUUCAGGAUUACAUCCAGAGCAAGAUCGUCUACUACCUGAUGAAUAUUCAUGUCCAAAAGCACUCCAUCUACAUCUGCCGCCACGGCGAGAGCCAGCACAACGUCCAGGGCUACAUCGGAGGAGACUGCGAGCUCUCCAGCAGAGGAAAAGAGUUUUCUAAAGCCUUGCGUGGAUUCCUGGAAAACCAGAAGAUCCCAGACCUGAAGGUGUUUACCAGUCAGCUCAGACGCACCAUCCAGACGGCCGAGGAGCUGGGCGUCCCGUACGAACAGUGGAAAAUCCUCAACGAAAUCGAUGCUGGAAUCUAUGAAGAAAUGACAUAUGAACAGAUUAAAGAAACCUGUCCGGAUGAAUAUUAUCUCAGGGACCAGGACAAAUACCACUACAGAUACCCAGGAGGAGAGUCCUAUCAGGAUCUGGUGCAGCGGCUGGAGCCAGUAAUCAUGGAGCUGGAGAGACAAGGCAAUGUGCUGGUCAUCUGUCACCAGGCCGUCAUGCGCUGCCUCCUCGCUUACUUCCUGGACAAGAGCGCCGAUGAUUUGCCGUAUCUAAAGUGCCCCCUCCAUGUGGUCCUGAAACUCACCCCAGUGGCGUAUGGAUGUAAAGUCGACAUGUUUAACCUGAAGGUUGAAGCUGUAAACACACACCGGGACAGACCACUCGGAAGCUCCAGACAAACAGUGCCGCACACUCUGGUGAGGAGGAACAGCUUCACACCACUAUCUAGUCAGGAUCAAAUCAAGCGGCCCCGUCUCUUCAGCGCUGGCAACCGGCCCCGGCUCGCAAGCGUUCAUGCCUUAUCAGCCACGCGAUUCCCUGAGACGGAGGAGAGCGAGGAGCUGAGCGAGAGCCAGGGCGUGGCCACUUGAGUGAGAGGUGGAUUGCUGCUGCUGUCACCACUGUCAACUAACUCCACCCACGUUCCGCCUCUUUGGCCGUUAUUCAGGAGUGCCUGAGACUUUAGGCUUCAGAAUUGCUCUUCAGAAACCUGUGGGAAAUACUGAACUGCUUCAGCCC